GUGAGAUAUUUCCCUUAUCUGACAAGAUCAAUGUGCUGAAGUUAGCUGCACUAAACACAAUGAUGGAAUCGAGAGCUAAUGGUAAACAGCAGAGAUUGUGUAUCUUGUUUGUGGUAGCAUGUUGUGCAUUGUUCACUGGACAUUACUGCUCCACAAAGCAAGGGGUAAAUCCAUACGCGGUCCGUGUAAACGAUCCAGAUACACCAACUGACCCCAAUAGCUUUGAUGAGGUGAAUGUAAGCCUGCCUUGUGGGCACCAAUUUUUGAUGCGCGGCCAUAAUCUCCGGGAUGCGAAUAUUAUUCGUGAAUUUGCUGAGGAUGAGUAUGGCAUUUGCAAGGCAACUGAACUUCAAGAUAAGAAGAACGGCAAGGUAAUCGAUAUUGGCGGCAACGUUGGCACUUUCUCGAUAGCGACCCUGCUGCAGUACCCGAAUGCGAAAUCAAUAGUGUUGGAACCGACUAAGAUUAAUCGCGAAUUCAUCAAACACAAUGCAAAAGUCAAUGGAGUUUCCGAUCGACUCACUGUGCUGAAUAGUGCUGCCACAGUCGACGGUCGUUCACUCUUCAUAAAGUGGGACGAAGUGAAUCCGGCAAACAGCCGCAUGGUCAGCAAAUAUAAACCUAAUCAGAGUAUCGAAGAGGUUAAAUCGGUUUCGUUACAAUCCGUGAUUGCGAAACAAAAGUACGUAGAUAUCGUCAAGAUCGACUGCGAGGGCUGUGAACAGGAAAUUCUGAUGGGCACCCCAGCGUUAAUGGAUGAGAAACUUGUAGGACGAGUUGUGGGGGAGAUACACUGGGUGAAAAAUGAAAGAAUGCGCUGUAUCCUCAAUAGGUUCGCUCAAGACACACAGCUUCAGUUCCAAUGUUAAGUGGGCAAGGUUACUUUCGGAAGCUUAUUGCUGUCGAUAUAAACACACCGUGCGCGGAGAUUCUGAGAAUCAAGUGGUGGAAGAAAGAUAGGCGCGUAUGGCAAUAAAGCGACAUAUAAGUUAUUGUUAGUUAUGUCGGUUUAUAUUUACAUGUGUUGCGAGAUGAUUGGUUGUAGAAAUAUGUGGCGCAGAAAGCUAUUUUAAUCGGCACUUUUAGCGACAAUGCGAUUGAGGAAUCCUGAAGGAGGAAUAAAGCUGUACCGUAUAAACCUAUGUAGCCUGGCGAGAACCUAGGACCUGGUUAGUGAAACAAGAUAUUAAUGGUCUUGUUUACAGUCAUAACUUCGGUACCCUCGGGAAGACUGUAGCAUAAGAGGGUGGUGGAGAGCGGGGUGGUGGAUGUCAGGGACAUCCUACAUGGAAUCGUCAGAUUUGUUCAUGCCCGUUACUCAAUUAUCGGGUAUUUUGACUGCAUUGAUUGUAUAUAAUAUUCGGAAGAACCAAUUCGGCAAAUUAAAUAUACGUUUAUGCCCCAAGCCCGGCA